CCAAUAAAACACGCAAGGAACAAAGAUAUGAAACUGACAACGAAAUUCAAACCAGCCGAUUCCGUUGGUGUAAGACAACGACUCAUGUAACAAGUGAUUAAUAUAUAAGAAUCAAUCGAUCCUUAUUUAUAUUUCCUCAAAUUUGUGAUCAUCUUAAGAAGAAGACACAGAAAUUUCUAAGCAAAAUUCCAUCAAACAUUCAAAGCGAAUUCUCAAGCCGACCAUCUAUUUACUCAUCCUUUAAACCCGGCCGUGAAGAAGACAAAACAUGAAGCAAAAUAUCCUACUACGAGUUGCUAUGACUGAUGACAAAACCAGAGCAAAAGCACUGACAACUGCGGUUCAGUUUAAAGGCGUGAACGCUGUGGAAAUAAAGGGAGAUCACAGGAACCAAAUUGAGGUGACUGGUGUUGAAGUCGAUAUGAUCGCUCUAAUCAACACACUGAGGAAAAAAGUAGCAUUUGCGGAGCUUGUUAGCGUAGCCAAAGUUGAACCACCAAAAGAUGGCGACAAAAAGCCGGAAGAGAAGAAACCCGAUGAGCCGAAAACAGAUGAGAAUAAAACUGAAGAGAAAAAACCCGAGCCAUGCUGUCAACAAUGUUGUGGAUAUGGUGUGCCAUCUUCCUAUCCCUACCCGUGUGAUCCUUACCAUCAGAUCGGGGAACCCGUAUACAAUCAUGAUCCCAAUUGCAGGAUCAUGUAAAAUAGGUUUCAAGUGGAAGACUAACGAAGGAGAUAGCAGUUUUUCUAUACCAAGAUUGUCAGCUUGUUAAUACAUUUUGAUAGUCAGAUUUGGCACAUGAAUAAAAAGCCUAGAGCUCUCAAAACCACACAAAAUCAUCUACUUGUACAUGCUCUUAUAACAUGUAAAGCUAAAUCUUGUUAUC